AGUGAUGAAGAUAGGCAUGAAGCCUCCGUCUCACAGCUGCAUGCGUAGUCGCUGUUGAAGCAAAUGCCUACCUAAUCUGACAGUCUUGGUGUGUUUAAAAUUUUUUGAGUUUGCAAAUAAGCUUAUUAAGUCUACUGAUGGAGCCCUCGGGCAGUGAACAGUUAUAUGAGGACCCUGAUCCCGGAGGCAAAUCCCAAGAUGCAGAGGCCAGAAAGCAGACAGAAUCAGAACAAAAGUUAUCUAAAAUGACCCACAAUGCUUUGGAGAACAUUAAUGUGAUUGGCCAAGGCUUGAAGCAUCUCUUCCAGCACCAGCGCAGGAGGUCAUCCGUGUCUCCACAUGAUGUGCAGCAGAUUCAGACAGAUCCAGAACCUGAAAUGGAUCUGGAAAGCCAGAACGCAUGUGCUGAGAUUGAUGGUGUCCCCACCCACCCCACAGCUCUGAAUCGUGUUCUGCAGCAGAUCCGUGUGCCACCCAAGAUGAAGAGAGGGACGAGCUUGCAUAGUAGGCGGGGCAAGCCAGAGGCCCCAAAAGGAAGUCCCCAAAUCAACAGGAAAUCUGGCCAGGAGAUGACAGCUGUCAUACAGUCAGGCCGACCCAGGUCUUCAUCCACGACUGAUGCUCCGACCAGCUCUGCUAUGAUGGAGAUCGCUUGUGCGGCUGCCGCGUGUCUACCAGGAGAGGAGGCGACUGUGGAGCGGAUCGAGCGGUUGGAAGUAAGCAGCCUCGCCCAGACUUCCAGUGCAGUGGCCUCCAGCACUGAUGGCAGCAUCCACACAGACUCUGUGGACGGCAUUCCAGACCCUCAGCGCACGAAGGCUGCCAUUGCUCACCUACAGCAGAAGAUCCUGAAGCUCACAGAACAGAUCAAGAUUGCACAAACAGCCCGGGACGACAACGUCGCUGAGUACUUGAAGCUUGCCAACAGUGCGGACAAGCAGCAGGCCGCCCGUAUCAAGCAGGUCUUCGAGAAGAAGAAUCAGAAGUCUGCCCAAACCAUCCUCCAGCUACAAAAGAAGCUCGAGCACUACCAUCGCAAGCUCCGAGAGGUAGAGCAGAAUGGGAUCCCCCGGCAGCCAAAGGAUGUCUUCAGGGACAUGCACCAGGGUCUGAAGGACGUGGGAGCAAAGGUGACUGGCUUCAGCGAAGGUGUGGUGGACAGUGUCAAAGGGGGAUUUUCCAGCUUCUCCCAGGCCACCCACUCAGCAGCUGGAGCUGUGGUCUCAAAACCCAGAGAGAUCGCAUCACUGAUUCGGAACAAAUUUGGCAGUGCAGACAACAUCCCCAACCUGAAGGACUCCUUAGAGGAAGGGCAAGUGGAUGAUGGGGGGAAGGCUUUGGGGGUGAUUUCGAACUUCCAGUCAAGCCCAAAAUAUGGUAGUGAGGAAGAUUGUUCUAGUGCCACUUCAGGCUCAGUGGGAGCCAACAGCACCACUGGGGGCAUUGCUGUAGGAGCGUCUAGCUCCAAAACCAACACCCUAGACAUGCAGAGCUCAGGAUUUGAUGCACUACUCCACGAGAUCCAGGAGAUCCGGGAAACCCAGGCCAGACUGGAGGAAUCCUUUGAGACCCUCAAGGAACAUUAUCAGAGGGACUAUUCCUUAAUAAUGCAGACCUUACAGGAGGAACGGUACAGAUGCGAACGGUUAGAAGAACAGCUGAAUGACCUAACAGAACUGCACCAGAAUGAAAUCUUGAACUUGAAGCAGGAACUGGCCAGCAUGGAAGAGAAAAUCGCAUAUCAGUCCUAUGAACGGGCACGGGACAUCCAGGAGGCUCUGGAGGCGUGCCAGACCCGCAUCUCCAAGAUGGAGCUGCAGCAGCAGCAGCAGCAGGUGGUGCAGCUGGAAGGGCUGGAGAACGCCACGGCCCGCAACCUGCUGGGCAAGCUCAUCAACAUCCUGCUGGCCGUCAUGGCUGUCCUCCUGGUCUUUGUGUCCACGGUCGCCAACUGCGUGGUCCCCCUCAUGAAGACACGCAACCGGACGUUCAGCACUUUAUUCCUCGUGGUUUUCGUGGCCUUCCUCUGGAAGCACUGGGACGCCCUCGUGAGCCACGCGGAGCGGUUCUUCUCGUCCCCAAGAUGA